CAGAAAUGACAGUGCAAUAAUAAUACAGUAACAAAAAAAUAACUUUUACUAUCUUUAACCAUAGUCAACAUAUGAAUAGUGCGGCACUAUUCACUGAAAACGACCCGAAGUCAUCACCUAUGUGUAUAUAUAUAUAUCACAUUUUAUAAUUAAAGUAUAUAUAUGCGUACGUAAAGGUGAGUUAUUUUCUGCAAAAUCUGCAGACAAGAAUCAGGCUCAAGGGGGACAUAUCCCCAAAAUCAGGAAGAGCAUUGAAUUAAAAGAUUUCAUCAGUCUUUCAAUUAUUUUCGUUUCACGCGGGUGUCGGCUGAAAUUAGUAUAAGGAAGGAGAGUUGUAAAGAUUUUAGUUUCAUAACUUCUCCAACACAUAGCUUUACUACACACACCAAAAUCCAGUUUCACACUUCUUCAACGCACUCUCAGCUUUUUUUUUUCUACCAAGAUCCUACACACCUAAAAUCCCUUUUCACCUAAAAUUUUAAACGAGUAGACAGAAAAAGUUUUCCACCUUUCCUAGCAAGUUUUCAAGCAAGCAUUCUUCAAGAAGGAGAAUUUCAAAUAUGAGCACAUUUAAAUAAUUCUGUAUCAUUCUUUUGAGGUCCAUCGCAAAGAAUUUAACUCCAAGUGAGUUAAUAUUGUUUUACAGAGUUCGGAAGCAUACGAGCUUUUGCAGGGUGGCAGCGGCUGGAAGGGGUGCGUGAGCCGAGAGAGUGGACACGCCGACCAAUCAGGAGUCAGUAUUCUCAACCGCCUCUCCCUCGAAACGAUGCGGUUUGGAACCGCCUAUAACCGGUUGCAAACCCACAACUGCCCUAUUCCAACCCAUAACCAGCCGUCUCCCCCAUUUUCACUUCACAAUUUCACUCUGCAACUUUUCUCUUUGCAAAAUUUCCACCAUCACCCCACAAACACCAACCCCCACUUCAUACCCAGAACUACACAGAUCUAAGCCAUGGGAAGGAAAGCAUUCGCAACAAAAAUCAAACCCACUUCAACCCGUAGGGAAGAAAAACCAGAAUCACCACCGCCGUGGGAAGAACGGCCGCCGAGCCCACAACCGCAACCGCAACCAUCGGAGCCGACUCCUCAAGCGCCAACAAUGGUCUCCUUGGAAGCAAUGGCGGCGUUUCUUCGACAGUGGGACCCCAAUAUGGAUUGGUUGGCGGCGCUGGCCGGUUUGAGUCAAAUCGGGGGACAAGAAAGAGUAAUCGGAGAAAAUCCUUCAGAACCGAUUGUGCCAUCUACAGCAACACUCCCCACCCCGAUUGCGACUUCCUCCGGAAUUCCACCAGAAAGAGAAGCUCCAUCGACUACCCCACCACCUAAGUCCUCGGAACCCUCAGAAACUCCACAACACAGUGAUUCAAUGGAGAUUGACCCCAUUUCAGCUCAUUACGAUUCCGACUCGGAAGAACGUGAAGCGAGGAAAGGUCAGGAACAGGGGAGCCUACAGGGAGCAGUAGAGUCAGAGGAAACGCUGACGGCGGGAGUCGUUCCCCGAAAAGUGGCGAGGGAGGAGAUAGAUCUGAACGAAUUAGCCAAGAAGCAAGACCUAAUGACCGAUGAGGAAUUUCAGGCUAUUUUAGAUGAUGUCAAUCGGAUGGAAGAUGACACUGCCGUGGUGGCUGAGGGGCUAGACCUCGCAUCACGAGCAGUAGGAGAGAGUGAAGAAGCCGAAGAAGGAAACCGCUCGGAAAGCCAAGCUAGGGAGGAAGAGAUUAUGCCGGAAUCACCCCAGCCAGAAGCAGAGAGGGGUGAUACAUCUAUUCAAGCACAGGAAACGAAAGCAAAAGAAACAGAAGCAAGACCAGAAGUACCCAACCCAGUGGCACCUCCGGUGACAAAACCGAAGGCCGUCAAGAGGAAGUUGGUGUUGAAGGGCGAACCUAAGGCUAGAUAGCCAAAGCCGCAAAGGGUAUCUCAACGAUGCUUAGGGAAGUGGGCACCUAGUAAGGCGAAGCCGAACACAGAGGCAGAUC